UUGAUGUUGAAACUCAAGCGUCUGAUUGAGUCAGAUUAUACAAAAUAAACAUGAAAAAUGCAAGUUAGAAAUACUUUUAUCGGUAUUUCUAGGCUGUUGAGCUAUAUCAGAGUAGCACACACGCAGAACGCUAGAUGUUUCGUAUCAUGGAAUCAACCGAAAACCAGCGAUUGGAAGAAAGCGGUUUCAGAAGCAGAGAAAAUCGUUGGGUACCCAACGUCCUUCAUGAGUCUUCGAUGUUUACUGAGUGACGAACUCGCAAAUGUGGCCUUACAAGUCAGGAAACUGGUGGGAACUAAACACCCUUUAUUGAAAACUGCCAGAGGCUUUCUUGAUAAUGGAAAACACAGCUUACAAACCAGAGGUUUAAUGAUCUUGCUUAUUUCAAAAGCGGCUGGAGCAAAAAGUGAAAACAUGGAAAAUGUUGACCAUGCAGCAGAUGAAAUGGUUAGUGGCAUAUACCCAAGUCAGAGACAGUUGGCAGAGAUCACAGAAAUGAUCAACACAGCUAACCUGGUACACAGAGGGGUUGUUAAUCUAGACACACUGAAAGAGACUGAUGGGUCUUUGAAGGACAUGGAGUUUGGAAACAAGAUAGCUGUACUCAGUGGGGAUUUCCUCCUAACAAGUGCAAGUACAGGGCUUGCAGAACUCAGGAAUACCAAGGUUGUAGAGCUGGUCUCUAUGGCCAUAGGCGACAUGAUGUCGGCCGAGUUCACCAGCCUUCGAGAUCGUAACGGCCAAGGCGUGUUACCCGAGGAUGUUACAUUCUCGUGCUGGGAACGCCAGACAUUCCUGCAGUCAGGAAGUCUCCUGUCCAGGGGUUGCCGGUCUGCCUUGGAACUCGCAGGUCAUAAUGAGCAGGUGCAGAUGGCAGCGGAAGAGUUCGGGAAAAACAUCGCAUAUGCUCGACAGAUGAAUGAAGACCUGUUACCCUUUGCUAAUCUUGGUGUUGAUCCGAAUGGCAUUCUAUCCUCCGCACCAGUGAUACGAUAUGCAGAAGUACAUGGGCCACAAUCUAUCGACACUUUUAGUGGUCAUGAAAAGAUAAUAACAACAAUUAUCAGAGACAAUGAGACUAUAGAAUGGUGCAAAGAAAAGUGCAGAGACUAUGGAAGAAAAGCCAUCACAGCUUUGGACUGCUUUGAACCCUCAGAAGCUAAAUCUGCGUUAGUUAAUAUAGUGCAGGCUACAACGACAUUUAAACCGGUUAAAUCCUGAUGCUGUGUAUUUGAGAAGUUAUUUUAUUUCAAUAGUUUUUUAAAAACCAAAACGAGUUUUAGUUAUCAUAUAUACCCAUGUUUACUUGAAAAGGUUUCCAGUGGUUCUGGUUUUGCUUGAACUGCUUCUGUAGACAUCUUUACACUGUGUGUUGUGGGUGCCCAGCUAUUACAGUCGUUAACAAUCAAGCUAUCUUCUCAUCAGUGUGUUUAACUUUCAAACCAUAUAGAUUUGCAUUUGGUUGAUGAUCACCAGUCCAUACCAGACAUGUAUGGUUUCCUGGAAGGUCUCUUGGUUUUCCCCACAGCUCACAAGAUGAACCCUUAAUACUGUUACUGCGAUGGCAAUAAGCCAAUGGGCCCUUAAAUGUGUAGUGGACCUGUAGAUUUUCUGAGAAAACACAUAUUUCCUCCAUAUAGAAAGUAUUGUAUAAACAAUUGUGGUUUAACCAUGGCCAAAAUGGCAGUUUUUAACCAUGCUGAGCAAUAUUCAGUAUAGUGCACACUUGUAUGCUGGAAACUAGAGCUACGAUUCAAAUUUCAUUAACAAAUUAUUCUGCGAGUCUCAAGUGUUGGGACAAAUUGGCUAUGAUUGUAUAAUGAAGCUUCAAUGAAGAUGGGUCAUAUUUGAUAUACAACCAAACCCAGUAUUUUUUGUUAAACAGAUUUAUAAAUUGCAUGCAUUAUACAAUGUAAAUAUUUUGACAAAUUAAAUUGACAUGCAAAGGGAGUUUGAAAUAAAUUGUACGUUUUUUUUGGUAACUGCUCUAAAUGUUUAUAAAGUUACACAUUUAAUAAAAGCUGGGAAUGAGUAUUAAGUUAUACACUUGUUUCGUGUUUUUUUUUUACAUUUUGAAAUACUUAUACACAACUAGUGUUUUUUUCUUAAGUAAUGUAGGUUAUUUAACCUGUAUUGUUCUGAUUAUUGAUACUUUCCCAUGUUGGAAUUUGUUAGAAGCAACUUUAAAUGCCUUCCUUUGAUUUGUUUUAUGGAAAUUGUCAUAGGGCCAAUAGUCAACCUACUAUUUUAGUGUUGCUUCUGCAAUAUAUUUCAGUUUGAAUAGCACAUGAACCAAAUGGAGUUUCUGACCACAAUAAUUAUUAUUUUCAAGAGAAACUUACAUUUUAUACAGGGCAACCAGCUGCUCAUACCAAACAUGUACAGCCUACUAUAAACUCUUUGGGACUUUUUUCAGGUAUACACAUUUAGGGGGAGGGGGAUUUAAAUUUUGCUUCCUUAAUAAGUCCUCUCUGCUCAUGUGUAUUUUUCCUGGAGAACACUCUAUUGUAUGCCAGUAAUUUGGUAGUGCCAUUGUAUAAACUGGACAUGAGAAACUGAUACACCAUAUAUUGAAGUCCAAUAAAAACUUGAAUAUUUA